GCGGACUGUCUAUCUAGCGCUGCCGUUUCCCAUAAUUUCUUGUCUGUCUAUCAUAGCAUCUUCCUUCUUCCCGGGCUAGGAUUAGGUUAAUCUUCUGCAGCUCCUUUUUUACCCGGUUCAGCACAUCCCCGGACAGGAUGCUAAAGAAAUUUGAUAAGAAGGACGAAGAAUCAGGUGGAGGUUCCAAUCCAUUCCAACACUUGGAAAAAAGUGCUGUGCUGCAAGAAGCCCGAGUAUUCAACGAGACACCUAUAAAUCCUCGGAAAUGCGCUCAUAUCCUCACAAAGAUUUUGUAUCUCAUAAAUCAGGGAGAGCAUCUUGGUGUGAUGGAAGCCACCGAAUCAUUCUUUGCCAUGACCAAACUGUUCCAGUCCAAUGAUCCAACUCUCCGCAGAAUGUGUUACCUGACCAUCAAAGAGAUGUCUAGCAUUUCAGAAGAUGUCAUUAUAGUAACUAGCAGUUUAACCAAAGAUAUGACAGGAAAGGAUGACAACUAUAGAGGCCCUGCUGUGCGAGCACUCUGCCAGAUUACAGAUAGCACCAUGCUCCAGUCUAUUGAGCGCUACAUGAAGCAGGCGAUCGUUGACAAGGUUUCCAGUGUCUCCAGCUCUGCCUUGGUGUCAUCUUUGCACCUUCUAAAGACGAGUUUUGAUAUAGUAAAACGUUGGGUGAAUGAAGCUCAGGAGGCAGCAUCUAGUGACAAUAUCAUGGUCCAAUAUCAUGCUCUUGGCUUGCUGUAUCACAUCCGCAAGAAUGAUCGCUUGGCUGUCAACAAGAUGCUAAACAAGUUCAUGCGUCAUGGGCUGAAGUCACCUUUUGCCUAUUGCAUGAUGAUUCGAGUCGCCAGUAAACUGCUUGAAGAAGAAGCUGGAGGCCGGGAUAGUCCCCUGUUUGAUUUCAUUGAAAACUGCUUACGGAACAAGCAUGAGAUGGUGGUCUAUGAAGCAGCAUCUGCCAUUGUUAACUUACCUGAAUGCACAGCUAAGGAACUAGCUCCUGCUGUGUCCGUGUUGCAGUUGUUCUGUAGUUCACCGAAAGCGGCUCUUCGCUACGCAGCCGUCCGAACCCUCAACAAGGUUGCCAUGAAGCAUCCAUCUGCUGUGACUGCCUGUAACCUUGACUUGGAGAAUCUUGUGACUGACUCCAACCGCAGCAUUGCUACUUUGGCCAUCACAACUCUACUGAAAACUGGCAAUGAGAGU